AUGCACUCAAAAAUGAGUGUAACCUGGACCGAUAUCAAUGCCUUCGACGUCCCCGAGCACUUCAGUUGUUACCCUGCCGGCAUUGCCAACAACGCCGUGGAAGUCGAGACAGCCAUCAACAAAGUCAUCGACGCUUCUUGUUCUUCUGGAUCAAAGGAGUGGAAGAAAGCUAAGAUCCGCCAUUCAAACCCCGAUAACAAUCCUUUCGCUAUUUGCCACUGUACUGCCUUUCCAGAUCGGUUGAUAUUGCUUUCGUGUAUCAUUGAGCUGGCGUGGAUAAAUGAUGAUGUUACCGAGGAACUGGAGCAUAAAGCAGCAAUGGCCAAACACGACAUCCUCAUCGAGGCAAUGAGUUUUGAAAACCUCAUCAAGGCUGAUAUCGGUUAUUUCAAUUCCCGCGAAAUGCUCUUCGGACUGCUCGUCCAGAAAGCCUGUGGCGUAGACCCAGCAUCCGCACCGGCAGUUGUCAAAGUCCUCACCAACUACCUUAGAACCUUCGAUGCCAGCGAUGAGGAUUUCACGACAAUGGAUAAGUAUAAUCCGUAUCGGGUGGCUAAUUGUGGAUACUGGAUAUCAUCCUUCUUCAUCCGGUGGGGAAUGGAUCUAACCCUAACUGAUGCCGAAUACGCCCAAAUCGCCUCCUUCGAUCUCUCUAUGGGAAUCAUCCUCGGCCUCACAAACGACUACUACUCCUGGACUGUCGAAAAGGACCAACUAACGGACCGGAUGAGGAAUGCUGUCCGCGUGCUCAUGAAUGAGUAUAAUGUUCCUGAUACUAUUGCAAAGUCUCUACUUAGGGGAUUGAUUGUGGAUGAGGAGGAAAAGGCGGCGAGGUUGAAGAGAGAGAUUUUAGAUGAUGGACCGAGUGCUGCGGUGAUGCAGUAUAUUGAUGCGAUUGAGUUGUAUGUUGGGGGAAGUUGUUACUGGCAUGCUACUGCUCCGAGAUAUAGAGUCUAG